UGACAUAAACUGCUAACAACUUGGUAUAUCGCUUUUACCGGAUUCUGUGAGCAUUCAAAAUGUUGAAAGGAAGGCAAGUCAGCUCAACAAAUGAGAUGAUGGCAUCGGUUGGACAAUGUGACCCAUUGCACUCGAAUGUACCCGCAACAAAAAUAGAAGUUACCGUCUCGUGCAGGAAUUUGUUGGACAUAGAUACAUUCUCAAAGUCUGAUCCAGUUGUUGUGCUUUAUGUGCAGGGCAUUGGGACCAAAGAAUGGCGAGAGUUUGGAAGAACUGAGGUGAUUGACAACACACUGAAUCCAGAUUUUGUGAGAAAGUUUGUUCUGGAUUACUUCUUUGAGGAAAAACAAAAUCUCCGAUUUGAUGUUUAUAGUGUGGACUCCAAAAGCUCAAAUAUUUCUAAACAUUCCUUUCUCGGCCAGACGUUUUGCACCCUGGGGGAGAUCAUCGGCUCCAAGGGCAGUCGUCUGGAGAGGACCCUCUCGGGUAUUCCUGGGAAGAAGUGUGGAAUCAUUAUUUUCACAGCUGAGGAACUCAGUAACUGUAGGGAUAUUGCUACAAUGCAGCUCUGUGCCAAUAAGCUGGAUAAAAAGGAUUUCUUUGGGAAGUCUGAUCCCUUCCUUGUGUUCUACCGCAGUAAUGAGGACGGCACGUUCACCAUAAGUCACAAAACAGAAAUGAUAAAGAACACAUUAAAUCCGGUAUGGCAACCCUUCACAAUUCCAGUGCGGGCUCUGUGUAAUGGCGACUAUGACAGAACUGUCAAAGUGGAUGUUUAUGAUUGGGAUCGAGAUGGGAGCCAUGACUUUAUUGGCGAGUUUACAACCAGCUACAGAGAAUUGUCUCGUGGUCAGAACCAGUUUAAUGUGUAUGAGGUUUUAAAUCCUAAAAAGAAAGGCAAAAAGAAAAAAUAUAUCAACUCUGGAACGGUAACGCUUCUCUCCUUCAAAGUGGAGUCGGAGUACACUUUUGUGGAUUUUAUUCGGGGAGGGACACAGCUUAACUUCACAGUGGCCAUAGACUUCACUGCUUCUAAUGGUAACCCGUCUCAGCCCACCUCUCUGCACUACAUGAGCCCGUACCAGAUGAACGCCUACGCCAUGGCACUGAAGGCAGUGGGUGAGAUCAUCCAGGACUACGACAGUGACAAGCUCUUCCCUGCUUAUGGCUUCGGAGCCAAGCUGCCGCCAGAGGGAGAAAUCUCACAUGCUUUUCCCCUGAACCGAGACAGUGAAGAUGCCAACUGUGUGGGUAUAGAGGGGGUUCUAGAGGCUUACUUCGAGAGCCUUAGAACCGCACAGCUGUAUGGACCCACCAACUUUGCACCAAUCAUCAACCUUGUGGCUCAGAUGGCAGCACAUGAGAUGGAUGGAUCGCAAUAUUUUGUCCUGCUAAUCAUCACAGAUGGGGUCAUAUCAGACAUGGUCCAGACCAAAGAGGCCGUGGUUAAUGCUGCUAGCUUGCCAAUGUCCAUUAUAAUUGUAGGAGUUGGACCCGCUGAGUUUGAUGCCAUGGAGGAGCUGGAUGGUGAUGAAGUGAGAGUGUCCUCCAGGGGGCGCUUUGCUGAACGAGACAUUGUUCAGUUUGUGCCCUUCAGGGACUACAUUGACCGGUCAGGGAACCAGGUGCUGAGUAUGGCACGCUUGGCUAAGGAUGUUCUGGCAGAGAUUCCGGACCAGCUGCUGUCCUUCAUGAAGAGCAGGGGCAUCGAGCCCCGGCCCGCACUCUCCUCCUCCAUACCACAUAUACACCAGAACGUGUGAUGGAGAGGAAGGAGACGUCACAUGUCAUAUAUUGUAGCUCUGCAGCCCA